AAUGAUGCCACUCCCAGAUCAUUCUUUCUCUUGUUUCUUCUUUUACCCUCCCUCUGGAUAAUCCCAUAUCGGUCCUCGACGGAAUUCCUCUUUGAUUCACCCCGGAGCUCUAUACACAAUGCAGGUGCCUUUGCUUCGGCUUCAAUGCGGCGUCAACAGCUAUGACUGGGGCAAGGUUGGCCCCGAGUCCGCCGCUGCGAGAUAUGCGGCCACCACGGCGACCCCCGACUUUUCCAUCGACGCCGAGAAACCGUACGCGGAGUUGUGGAUGGGCACGCAUCCUUCCCUCCCGUCCAAAGACCUCGAGACUCAGCGCACCCUCCUCGACAUGGUCCAAGACAAUCAGGCUCUCAUGUCGACGGAGGUGAGCCAGAGAUACGAGAAUAAGCUUCCGUUCUUGUUCAAGGUGCUGUCGAUCAGGAAAGCGUUGAGCAUCCAGGCGCAUCCGAACAAGAAACUCGCUCAAAGGCUUCACGCCAGAGAUCCCCAGAACUACCCCGAUGACAACCACAAGCCGGAAAUGACCAUUGCCAUCACGCCCUUCGAGGGUCUCUGUGGCUUCCGUCCGUUGCAGGAGGUCUCCCACUUCCUCAACGCAGUGGCACCUCUGCGUCAGUUGGUCGGCGAACAGGCGGCCGCCCAGUUCGAGUCGGCAGUCAAGGGCUCGGAAGACUCGGAGGAUGUUGCGGUCGUGCAGCGCAACAAGGAUGCGCUGCGCGCAGUCUUCACGGCGCUGAUGAACGCCUCGCCGGAAAGCAUCGAGACGGCCGCCAAAGAGCUGGUGGCCGCCGCGGAAGGCUCCCCAGCUACUUUCGCUACCUCCGCGACCACCCCGGAGACGAACCCGAGUGACCCGGCCAAGCUGGCCGCGAUCGCCGUUCGCCUCAACAACCAAUUCCCGAACGAUAUCGGCCUCUUCGUCUUCUUCUUCCUCAACUUCGUCGAACUGGCCCCCGGCGAGGCCAUGUUCCUCAAGGCCGACGACAUCCACGCGUAUAUCUCCGGCGACAUCAUCGAGUGCAUGGCGUCAUCCGACAACGUGGUUCGGGCCGGGUUCACCCCCAAGUUCAAAGACGUCGACACGCUCACCGAGAUGCUGACCUACUCUUACGCGCCGAUCGAAGCACAGAAGCUGGAACCCACAGACUAUCCCUACGCCGUGCUGAACGUCCCCGCUUACUCGAGUGCCUCAUCCUGCAUGCUCUACGACCCCCCUAUUGAGGAGUUCAGCGUGGUCAAGACGGACCUCUACCGGACUGGGGCCAAGGCGACCUUUGACGGUCUGGCCGGCCCCAGUAUCGUGAUCUGCACCGGUGGCAGCGGAAAGAUUACCGUGGGCCACAAGACGGAGGAGAUCCGCGAGGGCUAUGUGUUCUUCGUGGGUGCCACCGCUGAAUGCGCCAUUGAGAACACGGGGACGAAGCCAGAUGAGGAGAACGCCUUCACCACUUUCAAGGCAUUUUGCGAUUUGACGGGCAAGGAGGAUAUGGUCAAUGGACACUAGACAGUAGUCCGGGUUCAAUAUAUCUUCUUUCUACCCUAGCAAAGAUAAAAAUAAAUCUCACAG